AUGGCGACCCUCAACGUUAAGGAUGCGCUCUCCUACCUGGACCAGGUCAAGGUCCAGUUUGCCGAGCACCCUGAUGUCUACAACCGCUUCCUCGAUAUCAUGAAAGACUUCAAGAGCCAGUCCAUUGAUACUCCCGGCGUCAUCGAGAGAGUCUCAACCCUGUUCCGCGGCCAUCCUAGCCUCAUUCAGGGCUUCAACACGUUCCUGCCUCCGGGUUACCGCAUCGAAUGCAGCUUGGAUCCGAGCGAAAGCAAUCUCAUCACCGUCACUACGCCCACAGGCACCACCACGCAGACUCCAGGCGGCGUCGGCAUCGCUGGCGCCAUCAACCGCAUGAGCGGAGCCUCGUCUGGUCCGCCUCCGGGGCCUAGGGGGCCUGGCGGUAUGGGCAUGAUGCACGGCUCCGCGCCGCGACACGCUGAACAGCCUCCUUCGCACAUGCAUCCUCCUCCGCACUCUCAUGAUGGUCCUCCCGGCGCUAUGCAGUACAUGGGUGGCCCUCCCGGUCAUUCCAUGUCUCAUGGUCCAGGCGGCGCCAGCUUUCCAGGCCCUGGCGGUCCUCAGCAUCCCGGUCACGGUCCAAGUCCGGGUCCGGGUCCCAUGGGGCCUGUGCCACCUCACCAUGCCCAUGGUCGUCCUCAAUCACCCAUGUCUAUGGGCCCUGGUGGCGCCCCCCAAGGUGGAGCUGGUCCUGGCGCUCAUGCGGGCCCGUCUGGACCGAUGACGCCUGUCCAGGAUCCCAAGCGUCCGCCUGUCGAGUUCAAUCACGCCAUCAACUAUGUGAACAAGAUCAAGCAGCGCUUCUCGCAAGAUCCUGAUACCUACAAGCAGUUCCUCGAGAUUCUGCAGACGUACCAGAAGGAGCAGCGUCCCAUCCACGACGUCUAUGCACAAGUCACUGUCCUCUUUGAGAAUGCAAAAGAUCUCCUCGACGAGUUCAAGCAGUUCCUCCCGGAUACCUCCGCCGGAUCCCAGCCCAGUGGCGGCCUCUUCAACAUGCUUGGCCAGGUCACUUCUGGUCUCGGCGGCAACGCUGCCGGGGCCCCAGCUCCUGGCGCCAUACCAGGCCAGCAGGGCUUCAGAGGCGGUCCUGCAGAUGCGCCCGACGCCAGUCGCAAGGCCGCCACUGGCGCGAUCCCUGGCGCCCCAGGCGCGCCAUCGUCCGGCUCGCGCAAGAAGCGCAGCGGCGCCAACGAGUCCGGCAAGCCCAGCUCCGGCAAGACCAAAAAGUCAAAGCACGGCCACAAGGCUGAACAGCGCACUCCUCCCCUUCGCCAAGAGCCCAUGCCAGCUUCACCUACCUUUGCACACCCAGGACAGAUGCACCACGUCUACGGUAUCGAUGGUAUGGUCGCUGCCGAAGCUACUGGUCUCGUACCUCAAGGGACCGUGGUCAAUGGCCUCUCCCUUGGUCAGCCGCAAGCUCCCCUUGCGACGCUCGACGAAGUUGCCUUUUUUGAUCGCGUCAAAAAGCAUAUCGACGACCGCACCACCUACCUUGACUUCCUCAAGCUGCUCAAUCUUUACACGCAGGAUAUCAUCGAUGUCAAGACGCUCGUCGAUCGAGCCGCUCUCUUCAUUGGCGGCAAUCGCGAGCUCUUCGCCACAUUCAAGGGUCUCUGCGGUUACGACAUGGGCCGUCACGGCUGGCUUGACAACGAGGACCCCAUUGUCGAGAAUGUUCCCGCUCCGCUCCGUGAGAGGGUCGACCUCAACAAUUGCAAAGUUUACGGCGCAUCGUACCGCAAGCUGCCAAAGUCCGAGGUCAACCUGGCUUGCUCUGGUCGAGACCCCAUGUGCUGGGAGGUUCUCAACGACAGCUGGGUCAGUCAUCCUACGUGGGCUUCCGAGGGAGAAGGGUUUAACCCGCACAAGAAGAAUCCGUACGAGGACGCGCUCUAUCGGUCUGAGGAAGAGAGACAUGAGUACGACUACCACAUCGAAGCCAAUCUGAGGACUAUCGCGCUGCUCGAGCCCAUCGCCGCGCGCAUCUCGACCAUGGACAACGAGGAAAAGGCCGCUUUCCGACUUAAACCUGGUCUCGGCGGACAGAGCAAGAGCAUCUACCAGCGAGUCAUCAAGAAGGUCUACGGUCGCGAGCAGGGUCUCGAGGUCAUCAACGCGCUCCAUGACACGCCAUGUGUCUCGGUUCCCAUCGUACUGCACAGGCUCAAGCAGAAGGACGAGGAGUGGAAACGAGCGCAGCGCGAAUGGAACAAGGUUUGGCGUGAGGUCGAUGCGAGAAACUACUACAAGAGUCUCGACCACCAGGGCGUCAACUUCAAGGCUUCCGACAAGAAGGCUAUCACCGCCAAAGCUUUCAUUGCCGAGAUCGAGGCGCGAAAACUUCAGCAGCAGCAGCGCAGACUAAGCAUGGAUCCAACCCUGCCUCGCCCAAAGCCCCGUCACCAGCUCGUCUAUGUCAUGGAUGACAUGCACGUAUUGACUGAUGUUCUCAAGCUUGCAUUCAGCUACCUCGACCGCGCUACGGGAAGCUACAGCUCCAGCGACCGAGAGAGGAUCGAGGCUUUCCUGCGUGCCUUUGUUCCCAAGCUCCUCGCCAUCGAUGUCGCUGAAUUUGAAGAGCUACUCAAUGGCGACGUGGAUCUGGACGAAGAGGAUACCAAGAGCAAUGCUGACGACGACACGAGAAGCGAAGGUACUGCUGCCGAUGAUGACACCGAUGCUUCGUCCUCUGCAUCUGGCUCGGCUGCCCGUCGGGGCAAGAAACAGGCUGCUGAUCUGCGAAAGAAGAUUCUCAAGAACCAAGCCGAGACAUCAAAGCAGAACGAUGACGGUGUAGAGGAGUCUGCAGAUGCGACAGGCGCUGCUGCAUCUGCCAAUGCACGUGCCUCGAGCCCUACCAUUGUCGCAGAUGUCGAUUCUGCGGCUGAAGCGCUGGCCAACCAGAACUCCAACACGGUCGCUCCAGCGGUUGCUUUGUCCGAGGAUGUGGACAUGGAAGAUGCUCCCAAGGCUGCCGGUUCCACUGCAGAUGCCGCGAACGAAGCUGCAGCAGAUAAGCCAACAGGCUCAAACCCUGUAGCUGACCAGAGUGCUGCAGCCGAUGCGACGAAGGCCGCUGAUGCUCCCAAGGAGAGCGCAACAGAGGAAUUACUUGAUGCCGAAGAGCCUUCUGGCACGAAGGCUUCCACAUGGAUCAACACCGACCUCGAUGCUACGUUUGACUCGCAAAAGGGUCACAAUGUCAGCGUCCGCGACGUUGUCGAGGACCAAGAUGGGUCGAACGCAUCUGCUAGACCCGUCAACUUCUUCUGCAACAGCCAAUACUUUGUUUUUAUCCGCUUGCUGCAAUUGCUGUACUCGCGCCUACAGAAGGUCAAGACUCUCGGCAACGAGAUGGCCAACAAGCAACCUCUUCGGAGCAAGAUAAAUCCUCUAGCCAUCGAACUCGGGCUCCAGGAUGGUGGCAGUGGGCCAGCCGCAGUCGUGGGCGCAGCUGCCAACUCGUCAAGUCUAGGUCCUGUCGCACCCACCAACGAGGAAGCAGGUCUUACACUGCAUCCUUCGCGCUAUUAUGACACGCUGCUCGACAUGUGCGAAAAGCUGUUUGACGGCGACGUCGAUCAAGGCACUUAUGAGGAGAGCGUGAGAUACAUGUACGGAAUCGAGGGCUAUAUUGUCUUCACCUUGGACAAAGUGAUCGGUGCCAUGAUCAAGGUGGUGCAAUUCCUCACCACCGACAGCAAGUGCCAAGAGAUGCAGGCCAUCAUGGAAGCCAAUCGUGUCAAUGCACAGAGCACUCUCACCAGCUACCGACAGCAGAUUGCUGACCGCAUGGCUGCGGAGGGCUUGAUCGGUAAGGAUGAGAGCCUCUUCCGUCUCGAAUGGGUGCCUUCCUCUUGCACUCUGCUAAUUCAAAUGCUGUCCAAAGACGACCUCACUUUAGACGACGCCAGGACGGCCGAACAGAGCUGGCUGCACUACAUGUCGAGCUUCAGCCUAUGGACCCCGACCGAAGGUCUUCCUGCCGAGGCACAGGCCCCGUUCAUUAAGCGAUCGCUCUCAGGUAACGGCACAACGGACAGCGAUGCCAGUGAAGCACGUUACGUGACGAGGAGUGGGCUCGAGAUUCGCAUCUGCCUGCGCACUUUGAAGCUCUUCUUUGCACACGGCACCGAGGACGUCUUCGUUCGUAUUCGAGCCAAAGAAGAGACGGACGAGCUUGAUCGCAAGGCUGCCGUUGUCAGCAAGCGCCGAACGCGGCGAUGGAAUGAGUGGCUCUCGGCUCGGCGACAGGCGAUCGACAUCCCCAACGGAUUCGCCGAUGGCGUCGAGGAGGUCGCACAGGACGCUACUGAUACCGCUGCUCCCAAUGGCGCUGAGGUAGCGGCUGAAGCUACCGAGACCACCGUUGAGGCUUGA